CCUCUUCCUCUGACAGUGAAGAUGACAAGAAGAAGACGAAAAAGAAGAAGAAGGUAAACAUAAUGGAUUACUUGUAAUGUGUUUUGUUGUAAUAAUGGUUUAUUUACCUCUGUUCUCUUACUGUUACUUGUUAAAUUUCAUCCAUGAACAAAUACUUGUAGAAGUCCAGCUGUUCUGAUGACAGCUCCUCUUCCUCCUCAUCCUCCUCUUCCUCUGAUAGUGAUGAUGGCAAGGUGAGGUGACACACAUGUACAACACAGUACACUCCACACAGUGAAGAGAUGGAGCACCUGCACAAUUCAACAUCUUUUUGUUUUAUCGUAGAAAAAGAAAGAUAAGAAAAAGAAGAAGAAGAAGGACAAGAAGACGAAAAAGAAGGAUUCUUCUUCUUCCGACUCCUCUAGCGAUGAUGAUAAGAAGAAAAAGAUGAAGAAGAAAAAGGAUAAGAAGAAGAAGAAGAAAAAGAAAGACAAGAAAAAGGACUCAGAUUCUUCUAGUAGUGAUGAUGACAAGAAGAAAAAGAAGAAGAAAAAAGACAAGAAGAAGAAAAAGAAGAAGGACAAGAAGAAGGACUCCAGUUCAUCUAGUUCAUCUGAUAGUUCCAGUGACAGUGACAAGGAAAACAAAAAGGACAAGAAGGACAAGAAAAAGGAGAAGAAAAAGAGUUCGGGUUCAUCAGGAAGUGAAACUGAUAAGAAGAAGAAGAAGACUGACAGUCCUAACGGCGAGCAAAGCAGCGAACCAAAAGUGGAAGAUUCGGCUUCAGGUUGUGGCGAAUUUUCUGCCCCCAGUGGCAGCAGCGGCAGCAGCUCCAAGCCCGGUGUCUCUCCAGGUGUCGUCUCUCCAGGUGUCGUCUCCUAUGUGUCGCUCCCCUCCAAACCUGUCUUAAAACUGGAUCCUUCCGCGGUCUCAGCUGUCCCAGCUGUCCCAGCUGUACAUGGCACCUCAGUGAGUAUCGGAGACCGGGCCCCCAUUCGCAGACCUCCCAGCCCCAUGGAGUCCCUGCUGGGGAGCCCGCGGCGGUACGAACGUUCCUCAACCCACCUCACCUCAAGUGAUCUGCUGAGAGGCCCCAAGCCUUACAAAUAAUUACGUUACUUGUUUCAAAAAGCGUGUUACAGGACACUGGAGGAAGUUGAAUGUGAUGACGAGCUGUGCUUUAAUGAUGCUCUCAGUUCCCUGAUUUAAUGCAACAAAAAAACCUCACCAUGAAAAAUAAAAGGAGUAGUUUUGGUGUUUGUUCUGUUUUAAUGCAGAGGUUGAAGAAUAAUUGUAUCACUUUGUAUUAAAAAAGCAAGAGUGGAGGAAUUGUCAACUCGCAAUCACAGGAGAUAAUUGCAAAUGCUUGGUUUGGGGAAUAAAAUAAUGAUUUUAUUUG